AUGGGGUACCAAGUCGGUAACAUCUAUGUAAUCGCCGGCGUCGCAGUCGUCGGCGGUGGUCUGUUCGGUUUCGACAUCUCUUCUAUGAGCGCCAUCCUCGGCACCCAGGCCUACAAAUGCUACUUCAACCAAGGAGACACCGUUGACGGCAACUGCCAAGGUCCUACUACAGGCACACAAGGCGGCAUCACGGCAGCCAUGCCUGGUGGUUCCUGGGUCGGUGCGCUUGUCUCUGGCUUCAUCUCUGACAUGUUCGGACGCAAGAAAGCUAUCAUGAUCGGCUGCGUCAUCUGGGUCAUCGGAUCGACAAUCAUCUGUGCUUCGCAAAACAUCGGCAUGCUCAUCGCUGGACGUAUCAUCAACGGCUUCUGCGUGGGUAUAGAGUCUGCUCAAGUGCCGGUCUACAUCUCCGAAAUUGCACCACCGACCAAGCGAGGCCGUCUGGUCGCCUUGCAGCAGUGGGCUAUCACCUGGGGUAUCCUGAUCUUGUAUUACAUCUCGUAUGGCGCCUCGUUCGUCGGUGGUGGCACUCCCCAGACGUACAGCACGGCAGUCUUCCGCAUCCCAUGGGGUAUCCAGAUGGUCCCUGCUGUCUUGCUUUUCAUCGCCAUGCUGUUCCUGCCCGAGUCUCCGCGAUGGCUCGCUCGAAAGGACCGCUGGGAAGAGUGCCACAAGGUCCUCACGCUAGUCCAUGGCCACGGCGACCCCGACAGCCCCUUCGUCCUUUACGAGCUCAACGACAUCCGCGACAUGUGCCAAUUCGAAGCCCGCAAUAGCGACGCAACCUACUGGGAGCUCUUCCAGCCCAAGAUGAUCAACCGCACGCACAUCGGCAUGUUCACACAGAUCUGGUCCCAGCUCACCGGCAUGAACGUGAUGAUGUACUACAUCACCUACGUCUUCGGCAUGGCAGGCUACUCCGGCAACGCCAACCUCCUCGCCUCAUCCAUCCAGUACAUCAUCAACGUCAUUAUGACUGUGCCCGCGCUCAUCUGGCUCGACCGCUGGGGACGCCGGAACACUAUGAUCGUCGGCGCGUUCCUCAUGAUGGUCUGGAUGUUCACCAACGCCGGCAUCAUGGGCGGGCAGGGCAAGGUCGUCGAAGGCGGCGUCCACAAUAUCCCGGAGGAAUCCAUGAAACUCACCGGCAGCGCCGCGAAGGGCUUGAUCGCCUGCACCUAUCUCUUCGUUGCCUCCUACGCGCCGACCUGGGGUCCUUGUUCAUGGGUCUACCCGCCAGAGCUCUACCCGCUGCGUGUGCGUGGCAAGGCUGUAGCGUUAGCGACGAGCUCGAACUGGGCUUUCAACACGGCGCUGGGAGCCUUUGUGCCGCCGGCGUUCGCCAAUAUCCGGUACCAGGUGUACAUCAUCUUUGGCAUCUUCAACUUGGCUAUGCUUAUCCACGUCAUUAUCCUUUUCCCGGAGACGGCCGGGAAGACUUUGGAAGACAGUAAGCCUCCCUCCUUUCCACUUCAUCAAGUUUCCAAGCAGAGACUAACUUUUGUGUCAGCCGCCGCGAUGUUCGAGUCCACCGGCCCAGACAGCCUGCCCUACAUCGGUACCAAGGCCUGGAAGACCAAGGUCGAGUACCAAAGCAUGGCGCGCAAGGAGAAGGGCGAGGUGACGAAGGAUAAGUUGGAGGCGAUGGAGCAUGAGGAGCAUAGCCCUGAGCCGGCGGAGAAGGUUUAG